AUGCGUUUGAUCAUCCGUGACGGCUCCGAUGGUGCCAGCGAGUAUGUCGCCAACUACAUCAUCAACCGCAUCAACACCUUCCACCCCAGCGCCGAGAACCCUUUCGUGCUCGGCCUGCCCACUGGCUCCAGCCCUCUAGGCGUUUACAAGGUCUUGGUGCAAAAGUACAAGGCCGGCCUGGUCUCAUUUGAGAAUGUCAUCACCUUCAACAUGGAUGAGUACGUGGGCAUCCCCCGCGACCACGCCGAGUCUUACCACACCUUCAUGUGGAAGCACUUCUUCUCCCACGUAAACAUCCACCCUUCCAACGUCCACAUUCUCAACGGCAAUGCGCCCAACCUGGAGGCCGAGUGCGUUGCCUACGAAGAUGCCAUCAAGAAGGCUGGCGGCAUUGACCUGUUCCUUGCUGGCAUCGGCGAGGACGGCCACAUUGCCUUCAACGAGCCCGGCUCCAGCUUGGCCAGCCGCACCCGUGUCAAGACUCUGGCCUAUGACACCAUUCUUGCCAACUCGCGCUUCUUUGACCACGACAUCAGCAAGGUGCCUCGCAUGGCCCUGACUGUUGGUGUCCAGACCGUCCUCGAGGCCAGAGAGGUCGUUGUCAUUAUCCUGGGCCAGCGCAAGUCGCUUGCUCUGCAGAAAUGCAUUGAAGAGGGCGUCAACCACAUGUGGACGCUGUCCAGCUUGCAGCUUCACCCUCACCCCAUGAUUGUGGUCGAUGAGGAUGCCACUGCCGAGCUCAAGGUCAAGACUGUCAAGUACUUCAAGAGCAUUGAAAAGGUUGCCCAGGAGGCUGGAUUCGAGCAGAUCCUGCCCUCCAAGGUCCGCACCGGCAACGGCCCCAUCCCCCAGACCACCAUCGAGGAGGUUGCCUCUCCCACCAUCCACGCUCCCCAGCCCACCACCUCUCGCCUCCUCCGGGCCACUCCGGCUACCGAGUACCCCAUCCGCUCCGUGUCGCCGGAUCUGGUGCCGGACCGCAUGGCCUCCCGCAUCCCUGAGCCCCACCUGACCGACCGGCUGACUCCCAACCCUGAGCAGCAGGCUGUUCAGAGCGCCAUUACUGCUUAG